GGAAAAUGUAGCCCGAUAGAUAAUCCAAAGUAAAUACUAACUUAGUUCCCGCUCGAAUCUUACGAAGACCUACUGGCGAAUGCCAGAGAUGCUACUGCGACGAAAAUAUCGGAGGAAUGCUACCCCGUGAUGCCGAAUUUGACAAGGCGUCAUGCUAGGCAGUUAUCAUCGAAGAGAUAUGUUGGUCAGCGGACCCUCGGGGACUUACGUGGCGUUGUGCGAGUAUGUAUAUAAGAAGAGCUAAUGGUAUGAUUUUGCACAGUUCAACUGCCCCAUUGCGAUCCAGACUGAGACUUCAACAACGAUGCCUUUCCACCGAUUCUACACUCCCAAAGGGCUCUAUUCGGAUGCCGAGAAGGCGGCACUCGCUCAGGAUAUCACGGCGCUCUACACAGCCCCGCCAGUAUCACUCCCGGCGUUCUAUGUCGUCGUUUCUUUCAUCGAACUCGAUCAAGGCAACUUCUUCGUCGGUGCCGAGACCAAACGCGCCGACAACAUGGUCCGCAUCCAAGUCGAACAUGUCGCACGCACGUUCCCCGUUGGAGAUGCCGGAAUCACGCGUAAGCGUGAAUUCAUGGCGAGGUAUGAGGAAACGCUCAAGCCCUAUACCGCUGGGCGCGGUGUAGACUGGGAGAUCGGGGUCGAAGAUGCCGACCCCCAACUGUGGCACAUCAACGGCAUGUCGCCUCCCGCACCCCGCAGCGAGGAAGAGACACUCUGGAAGAAAGAGAACAGGGCGAUCCCUUAUGUAGCGGAGAGGAUAGUUUAGCGAUGCGAUGCGCCAGAGAUAGAUCACCGCUUAUCUAUGACUAGGAUCUCGGAUGCACUUGCCUUAGGCCAGAUCCCAUCCGUCCCAAUGCCGAAGGAGCAAUUUUUGCGGUGAGGGUCAUUCUCUAUUGUCAGCAGUCAGCUCGUAUCGCGUGCUCAGAGAUUCCGUGCCGUCUUGUCAUGAAAGAUGACCGGUGAUAGCCGUCCGAUAUCGUCACCCUCACCAUGUGUUGCUUGUGUGUUGCGCGAUCUGCGAGACAAA